UGCUAACUGAUCAGUCUCAGACUCUCAGCAUCAACGCUCAGCCACAUCAUCAAAUCCGCAGCUUUAGCCCAUUGGACAUAUAUAAUAUCCGUACUGCUCUCAAAUCAGAACAAUAAACAGAAUCAACGCGGCCGUGUCAGUCUCACAGCCUGAGGGCUAACGCCGAGAAGUUGAGCAUAAAAUUGAGAAUGCGGGUCCAUUCAGGUUCUAGUAUGUCCGAAGAUUCUUGAAGAUGUUCGCUUUAGGCAUCUGUUCAUGUUUUUGUGCCCUGGCUUUGGCGAGUUGGGCCGUUGCAAGAUCCCGACGGUUACCUCUUCCCCCAGGUCCACCAAGAAAGUUUUGGUUUGGAAACGAGGAGAUAUUGCCUUGGGUUCAUCCAUGGAAAGAGUUUGUUAUCUGGUCCAAAACAUUUGGGCCCUUGAUUUACCUCUAUGCCUUUGGUCGGGACAUCCUCAUCGUCAACGAAGCUAGUGCGGCCACGGACCUGUUGGAAACCAAGUCCACGCUUUAUGCACGCCGUCCAACUCGGUCAAUGGUGGCUCUCACCGGACGGAAAGACAAUAUCGCAUUCAUGGAUCAUAAUGAGAGGCAGAAAAAGGCCCGAACACUCCUUCAAGGUGCUUUUAAUCCAAGAGCGCAAAAGUCUUGGGGCCCAGUCCUUGAGGAAGAGACUACCAACUUAAUGUUGCAGAUGGCACAAUCUCCGGAGUUAUUCAAGCAGCAUAUUCGAAGGUAUCUUGGGUCUUUUAUCACUCGAUUCACGUAUGGGACAAAAGUGGACGAUGUUGCACUCAAAUUAGGGGACGAAAUCUCUGUUCACACCCAACAGGCUUUGCGGCCUGGACGCUGGCUUGCUGAUACUAUUCCUCUAGUAUUGUAUUUACCAGACUGGUUCCCUGGAAUGGCUUUCAAAGGAUGGGCCAGGGAUGCUAGGACAAAGUUCAUCGAGUAUACUGCGCGACCUUUCCAAGAGGCACGCAGUUCCGUCCUUAACGGUACUGAGACGCGGGGAAUGGUGCCUGACGCACUCAGCGACAUCAUUACAGGCGCGUCAAAAUAUAAGGAGGAAGAGCUCGUUUCUGCAGCAUCGAGCAUCUAUACGGCUGCAAUAGAGACUACAUACGCGGUAUUUAUGGACUUCUUGAUAUUGAUGAUGGCGCACCAAGAUGUCCAACAAAGGGCUUACCGAGAGAUUACGAGCGUCACUGAGUCUACCAGGCAACCCCUGCUGUCUGACAUGACUGCGUUGCCGUACAUCGAUGCGGUAAUAAGGGAAGUUCAUCGCUUUAAUCCCGUGACACCUAUGAUUCCAAGAUCGCCCGUUCAAACCGACUCAUACAAGGGCUACCGUAUUCCCCAAGAUACCUGGGUGAUGUUCAACAUUUGGGCAAUGACUCACGACGCAAACAUAUACCCAGAUCCUCAUAAAUUUCUACCCGAGCGUCAUCUGCCUCUGGGGCAUGAAAGCAGCGCGAAGGAUCCCCGAGAUUUCACGUUUGGAUUUGGAAAGAGGAUAUGCCCUGGAUUGAGCCUUGCCAAUGCACAGAUCUUCCUAUUCGUCGUCCAAUUUCUGGCUACUUUCGAAAUUAGACCGCCGUUGGGAGACGAUGGCAAUGAAGAAGAGGUUGUCAUGGAAUAUACAUCAAGUUUUGUGAGCCUUCCAUUGCCAUUCAAGUGUCGUCUCAUACCACGUAGUGGCAAUGCUAUUCUAUAUUGAACCUCUUUUUGAGGAUGAGAGCUGGGAUCUGUGUAUUUAAUACUGCUUGAUUGGGCUGUAUGUUUUUUCGUGUAAGCAAGUCAUGUACAUCAGGGACCACCGAGAGGUCUAGUUGACGUUCGAAACCUGUGUACAAUGUACUUAAGACAAUCGAAAAAUCAUUUAUGUUCUAUUGGCUGUGGUAGACAA